AAUGUCCAUCUCCAUGAGAUCAUCACCUACCAAUGAUCGAUACACAUACACCUUGUUCCUUUUUGACCGGCCGCAUGCGUAGCAGAAGCAAACACUCCAACUCCACGGCCAUGGAGCUCCUCCCCUUCCUCCUCCUGCUACUCACCGGCGCCGCGGUGGCCUCCGGCGAGCCGGCGUACCCUGGCUACGGCGCCACCGACGCCAAGCCGGCGUGCGGCGUGAAGGAGGAGGCGCCGGUGCCCGUGCCGGAGAGGCGCGAGGAGUUCGACGGCGGGCGGAUCCUGGACAUCAGCCACUACUACCGGGAGGACAUGCCGGCGUUCGAGUCGGCGGAGGGCACGCCCGGGUUCCUGCAGCUGGCCCGGUCCAUGCGCAACGGCUCCGACAUCGCCAACUUCUCCGAGCUCCGCCUCACGGCGCACUCUGGCACCCACGUCGACGCGCCGGGCCACGUCUUCGAGCACUACUACGACGCCGGCUUCGACGUCGACACGCUCGACCUCGCCGUCCUCAACGGUACGCCGCGCGUGGAGUUCCGCCGCGCGUGGAGUUCCGCCGCGCGACCAGCACUGUUGGUAGAUGUUCCAAGGGACAGCAACAUAACAGCUGAUGUCAUGGAGUCCUUGCAUAUUCCUAAAGGAGUCCGCCGUGUACUCUUCCGAACCUUAAACACCGACAGAAAGCUUAUGUGGAAGAAAGAGUUUGAUUCAAGUUAUGUUGGCUUCAUGGAGGACGGUGCUCAGUGGUUGAUUGAUAACACUGACAUCCAACUAGUUGGAGUUGAUUACUUGUCUGUGGGAGCAUAUGAGGAAUGUAUUCCAGCUCAUCUAGUAUUUCUUGAUAAAAGGGAAGUCAUCCUUGUGGAAGCCUUGAACCUUGAACAUGUUGCCACUGGAAUAUACACAUUGCAUUGCUUGCCACUAAGGUUGCGCGGCGCUGAAGGCUCUCCAGCGAGAUGCAUCCUCAUCAAGUAACAAUUGUAGCACUGUGUGAUAUGAAAUAAGAAGAUAUGUGUAUCACGUACAUCAAUAUGAAUUUGCAAAUGGAUGUGUCCAAUCUCCAGUAGAUAACAGAUGAAACAUACUAGUUUGUAGAUUUCUGCAAGUACACUUGCUUUGAAUCUGGCAUCUCUGUACAAUGUAAAAGGCUACUAGCGACUCUGCGAAUUUCAGUGUUAAAUUUCAGUAUGGUUAGACUCAA